AUGCCACCACCAUCGGCUGAUUGGACUAACCAAUUUAGUCCGAGUGGAGUGGACGAAUAUCAUCCAUUUGUCGAAGCACUGCUGCCAUAUGUGAAAGAUUUCUCGUAUGUAUGGUUCAAUUUGCAAGCUGCAAAACGCCGUUAUUUCAAAAGGCAUGAAAAACGGAUGACGUUAGAAGAAGAAACGGGUGUUAAAGAUGAACUCAUGGUCACUGGACAGCAGCCAGCUGUGUGCGUUUUGUCUAAUCCGGACCAGAAAGGAAAAAUGCGGCGUAUCGAUUGUUUAAGACAAGCCGAUAAAGUGUGGCGGUUAGACUUGGUCAUGGUCAUUCUGUUCAAGGGAAUUCCAUUGGAAAGUACGGAUAGCGAACGACUUGAAAAAUGCGCCGAAUGUGUUUUCCCUGCCGUCUGUGUCAACCCAUACCACAUUUCUAUAGCUGUUCGUGAACUGGACCUAUUUCUUGCAAACUUCAUUCGUACCGGCAACCCAGAUGAAAAAGAUGGGCACGACGAGAAAAUGGAAGACAAGCAGAAAGAUGUCCUAAUGGGAGAUAUGAGUCCUGAAGGAAUCUGGGGUACUGGAGUCUUUUCGGCAUACGAAUUGAAGUCACUUACAAAACCCUCAAUCGUCACUUGCUCCACUUUGAAUGGUCGCACAGUUGCACCUCCUAUAUUGCGAAAGAAUGAUCGAACUUCAUGGAUUUCUGCGCUUUCAUCGAACAAUUCGCCCUUAGAUAGUAGUCUCCCAUCUUCUCCACCUCCCAGUGCAAUGGCAGCUAUUAAAGCCCUCGCAGAGUCUGAGUGUCACUUAGCAUCUGCAACAACAUCGGGUGGGCCAUUACGGCCUCCGCCUUCUAUUCCCCAAGUUGGCGCUGUUGUCACAGUUGGUGUGAAUUCCGAGUCGAAACACUCCGUAUUAGGCUUUGGUGGAGGUGAUAAUGAGGAGGAUUCGAAUGAAAAACGAAGUCGGCAUGCUUCACGUGACUCCGCUGCUAGUAGCACGAAUGAGGAGGUUAGGCGAAUUGUGGAGCGAGCCGGAGAUGGGUGGAAUGGUGGACUGAUUGGUGACGAUUUGGUGACUACUGACACCACUUCACGGACGGAAUUUCUUGAAAAAGGACAGCGCAUAGUGCUCCAACGAGAUGGUCACCGUUUUGUAAAGGUUGUCCAAUCUGGGUAG